AUGAAGCACAGCAAUGUUACACUCGUCACUGAGUUUGUUCUUCUGGGAUUUCCUGAACUUCACGGCAUAAGGAUGGAAUUUUUUGCUGCUGUUCUUCUGAUGUACCUCAUUUCUGUCUCAGGCAACUGUUUAAUCAUCACGGUUGUCUUCAUGGAACCCAAGCUCCACAUGCCCAUGUAUUUCUUCCUCUGCAGUUUUUCCCUGGGUGAGCUCUGCAGCACCACAGUAGUGGUACCAAAGAUGCUGACCAAUGUGCUCUUGGACCAAAAUAGGAUUUGCUUCACAUGUUGCGUGGUGCAAAGUUUCUUUACCUUCUCCAUGGGAGCCACACAAUUUAUCAACCUCACCAUCAUGUCUUUUGACCGGUACGUAGCCAUUUGCAAACCUUUUCUCUAUAACACCAAGAUGACAAACGAGAUCUGCUUCCGCCUUGCAUUGUUUGCAUGGAUUGGCGGCCAUCUGAUUGUGUUGUGUCAGACUGUAGUUGUAUGGACUUUCCCCUUCUGUGGACACAAUGUCAUCAACCAUUUCUUAUGUGAUGCUGGACCUGUUUUGAAACUAGCUUGUGGUGAUACAACAAUGAUAGAGCUUAUUGGUCUCAUUUAUGGCAUCAUAAUCAUGUGGGGUUCAUUUAUCUUUACAGUGGCUUCUUAUGCAUACAUUAUAAGCACCAUAAUUCAGAUCCCAUCCGUUACUGGGAGAUCCAAGGCAUUUUCCACAUGCUCUUCCCAUCUUACCAUUGUCUGCAUCUUUUAUGGGGCAAUGUUCUUUAUGUAUCUAAGACCUUCUACCCAAGGAGACAGUCAAAUCAACAAAGUUGUGUACCUAGUGACAAUAGUUGUUUUGCCCACUGUAAGCCCAUUCAUCUUCACAAUCCGAAACAAAGACUUCAAAACAGCUGUGACAAAGAUAAUGGGGAAAAGAGGCCACAUCUCUCAUUUUGCUGUCAUGAAAUUAAUCAAGGGAAGACCCUUGAAAAAGUGA